AUGUGAUAGCCCAUCGAACAGCUCGUCGCACACCUCUCACAGUCCCAAUCCCUUCCUACGCGGAUUCCUCGCCCCGUUCGCCCGGCUUUCGCCCCGUUUCAACUCCCCCGUACCCCCUGGGCAGCCCUGCGUUUCGGAACAUACCCCGGGCGAGGGGCCGCUUAGCGCUCGCCCUGAAGAUCCCACGAUGCUUGAGUCCUCUGCCUCGCGGACUUGGAAAGCAUCAUGGCUGAAGUAAUGGCACACAGGACGAAUGGGAGCGCUUCGGCGCAGCCCAGCCUGCAACGGCAGCCCUCCUUCUCCUCCUUUCCCUCCUCGAGAUCGCCCUCCGCCAUAUCAAUGCGCAAUGAGAGCAAGAAAGCCCGGUCGCCGCAGCCUCCCAUGCUGCGAGAGGACGAUGGCUCCGUUGAUUCUUCCCGCAACUCGUCAUUGUCUCCAGGAGGGCCACUCUUGAAGAACGGCACGAAGCUACGAUCGCAAUAUCCCGCCCAUUCCCGCGAGAACCACGUCGAAUAUAUCCUGGUAGCCUCAUUUGACAUUGACCGCGGGUCGGUCAUGGAGCACCAGUUCCCGAGCCCUAUCAGCGGAGACGAGACUAUGUUGGCAGAGCUGAUGCUGCCGGACCAGGCACACGUUCGUAGCCAGGACUGGACCAUCUUCUUCCUACACAAGGAUACCACUGCCGAGGAGGAGGAGAAGGAGGCGCGUAGAGCAUUGCGGCGCAAGCAGAGGCGGCAGGAGAAAGGCCUGGAUGAUGACGAUGAAGCUGAAGACGAAGACGGCGACGACGAGACGGAGAGUGACGAGUCGGAAAGCGACGACGAGCCGGAUCCAGAUGGCCCUCCGCUUGUAUACGUGCUAAACCUUGUGAAUACGAAGCAGGACAACACAGUGAAGAGAGGCGCCAUUGUCAAGGCCAUGGCAAUAUGCACCCGACAUCCUUUCUUACACAUCUACAAGCCGCUCCUACUCUUAGCCCUGGAGGAGUACUUCAGGGCUCCGGUUAUAGAAACGCUUGCAGCACUCUACAAUGCUCUAAACGCAAUGGACCUGUCAUUGCUCCCCAAGCUGUCACCGUUGGAGGGUUUCGUACUUCAAGCCACCGACGCGAAGGACAUGUUCAUUGAGAAGUUUGAGCGGAUGAUCAGGCGGCGCAAGGCCGAGGAUGCGGAGCGAGAUUCGCUCCCAUCCGCAACCUCUGCCGGGUCCGUGCCAAAUCGGAAGAACUACGCUCCGCCACGAGAUACUCACGAAUUCGAGUCAAAAGUCCUCUACAACGGAAUUCCCGUUCCUAUCAAAGUUCCGACAGCCCUGAACCCUGAGACAGUUGGCGACUUCUCCCUUAUAAAACUCAUUCAGACUUUUUCCACACCACACACGACGUCACCUCAGCCAUUCGCUCUUCACCCGCACCUCACAACAAGUGGCGCCUUUACCCAUCCCAUUAUCGUGCUCGUCAACGCCCUCCUAACGCAGAAACGCAUCAUCUUCAUCGGGCACAAUCGACCAUCGAGCGAAGUGGCCGAAGCCGUUUUAGCAGCGUGCGCCCUUGCAUCUGGUGGCCUCCUGCGGGGCUUCGUUCGCCACGCCUUCCCCUAUACGGAUCUUACCAAAGUUGACGAUCUACUCAAAGUCCCGGGCUUCAUUGCCGGUGUCACCAAUCCGGCAUUCUCAUACAAGCCCGAGUGGUGGGAUCUGCUGUGCGACCUUCCCACUGGUCGUAUGAAGAUCAGCAAUCGCAUCGAAGCUGCACAAAUAACAGAUGGCCAGAUCUACUUCCAGUCACAAGGCAUCCCAGUAGGUGCUGCGCAGGCAGGUCCGGACAGCAAAGGAGCUAUAGAUACGACUGGUGACACACAAUUCAUGGAGAGCCUGCUCCAGAGCAUAUCGAACCGACACGGCGAGAACGCUAUUCGCGCAAAGUGGCGUUCCUGGGUCCUCAAAUUUACGCGCAUAGCCGCCGCCUUCGAGGAGACAGUCUACGGGGCCUCCGCGCUUUAUAUCGGAUCGCACGAAACUGAUGCCGGCGCAUACGGCGUCUCGGGCCACGGCUUUGUAUGGCCGGACGAAGCAUCAAAGUUGAGGGAACUUGCCGCCAACGCUCAUCGAGUAGAGGGCUGGAGAAGCACACGCUCGUACUUCGGCUUCAUUCAAGAUCUGGCGAGGCAGUGGGAGAAGCGGCCUGUUCGCGGUAUCGACCUAAACCACCAGCACGAUAAGCUGCGAUGUCUGAAACUGAAUCACGAUCAGUCUGCAGCUAUAUAUCUAGCGCUUGGCCGCUGCGUUGAAGAAGCCGGGUCGCCUACUUCGGCCGCCUCCGAAGUCGACCUCCCAUCAGCGAUAUCACAGUCACUGACUAUCGCAAACGAUCCCGACCGCAGACCAGGCGACCAGUUACAGUACGACACUAUUUUGCAGCUACUUUGUGUCAUUCCAGAAAGCAAUUCUGGCCUAUUCUACCUGAGUCUGGGACUCUUCCACCCGAGGCAGGAUGUGAGGGUGGCGGUGGUGAAACUCCUGGAGAGAAUCAUGGACCACCCUGCUGGGAGGCAUUUUUGGGCGACGCUUGGGAGAUUUGCCAAGCUGGCUUUUUUUAGGGUAAAGAGGGAGGAGGUGGGACACGGACGGUAAAGAGCAUAGUGCAAGAGCGCCUUUUGACUGGAUGAUGUAUCUAUGCUGAAAUCUACUGCUGGCAUAAGUGCCCAUGCAUGUUGGGUAUGCGAAUGAAGACGAGGUCCUUCAAGGUCAGCUCUUGUUUCUAGAUUCUCAAAGCCACCGCUGCAUGCAAGCCUGAAGAGCCUAGAAACUGGUAUUCCAAACCGAUGAGCUCCCGCCGACCCGCGGAAAUGCUACGAUGGUAAAGAAAGUAUCCAGGAAAUGUGCAAGGCCCAGAAAAGAAGAG